UUAAUUAAUGUUUUUUCACAUCCCUAUUUCCAAUGGAAAGUUAAAGUUGGUCAUUUACACGGAAAAAUUUAAUUUUAAUUAUAAGCUCUACUGCGAAAUACAACUAUAGUUUAGUUUAGUAGUGAGCAACGUCUGGCAACAGAUCGAUAUUUUCUAAAUUCCAAAAUUCGAAAACCGAUUUGCCAAGAUUCCGGCCACAGCACCUAGGACGAGAGCCGCCAAACGACGCCACCAGGACAGCAAUCCCUCGUCGCCCGUGCAGCAGUCAGCCGCAGGCACCACAGCGUCCCAGCAACCGCAGGCCGCAGAGCCACAGCAGCCAGCUCCAUUGGGAGAAGGCAAUCGGCAGAGUUCUCCCGCCGCCAAGAUGAACCGCUCGAGCAAUGCGCAGACCACACAGAGGCCGGUCAACCUGGACGACAUCUGGAGCGAACUGGUCGAGGGAAUAAUGCAGGUGUUUGACCAGGAGAAGUCGCUUACCCGCAGCCAGUAUAUGCGCUUCUACACUCACGUCUACGACUACUGCACCAGCGUCAAUGCUGCGCCCACAGGACGCAGCAGCGGUAAGACAGGUGGAGCCCAGCUGGUGGGCCAGAAGCUAUACGACCGACUGGAGGAGUUCCUCAAAUCCUAUCUGAGCGAGCUGCUCACCAAGUUCAAGGCAAUCAGUGGCGAGGAAGUGCUUCUGUCCCGCUACACCAAGCAGUGGAAGUCCUACCAGUUCUCAAGCACAGUGCUCGACGGCAUAUGUAACUACCUGAACCGCAACUGGGUGAAGCGCGAGUGCGAGGAGGGGCAGAAGGGGAUCUAUAAGAUCUACCGCCUGGCCCUGGUCGCCUGGAAGGGUCACUUGUUUCAGGUGCUCAACGAGCCUGUCACCAAGGCCGUGCUCAAGUCCAUCGAGGAGGAGCGUCAGGGCAAGCUGAUCAACCGUUCGCUGGUGCGCGACGUCAUCGAGUGCUAUGUGGAACUCAGUUUCAACGAGGACGACGCCGACGCAGAGCAGCAGAAGCUUUCCGUCUACAAGGACAACUUCGAGAGGAAGUUUAUCGCCGACACGUACGCCUUCUACGAGAAGGAAUCGGACGCGUUCCUAUCUACCAACACGGUGACUGAGUAUCUCAAGCAUGUUGAGAACCGCUUGGAAGAGGAGAAGCAGCGCGUUCGUGGCAUUAACUCGAAGAACGGCCUCUCGUAUCUGCAUGAGACCACGGCAGAGUCCCUGAAGUCCACGUGUGAACAGGUUCUUAUCGAAAAACAUUUAAAAAUAUUCCACACCGAGUUCCAAAAUCUGCUGAAUGCAGACAGAAACGAUGAUCUGAAACGAAUGUACUCACUGGUUGCCCUGUCGCCCAAGAACCUGACAGACCUCAAGACUAUUCUAGAGAACCAUAUACUCCACCAGGGCACUGAGGCCAUUGCCAAGUGCUGCACCACCGACGCGGCCAACGAUCCGAAGACCUACGUGCUGACCAUCCUGGAUGUGCACAAAAAGUACAACGCCCUCGUCCUGACGGCGUUCAACAAUGACAACGGCUUCGUGGCCGCUUUGGACAAGGCGUGCGGCAAGUUCAUCAACUCGAAUGUUGUCACGAUCGCCAACAGUGCUAGCAAGUCGCCCGAGCUGCUGGCCAAGUAUUGCGAUCUCUUGCUGAAGAAGUCCUCUAAGAACCCUGAGGACAAGGAGCUCGAAGACAAUCUCAACCAGGUGAUGGUUGUGUUUAAGUACAUCGAGGAUAAGGAUGUCUUCCAGAAAUACUACUCCAAGAUGCUGGCCAAGCGUCUGGUGAACCACACAUCGGCUUCGGACGACGCCGAGGCCAUGAUGAUCUCCAAGUUGAAGCAGACGUGUGGCUACGAGUACACCGUCAAGCUGCAGCGUAUGUUCCAGGACAUUGGCGUCUCCAAGGACCUGAAUUCCAACUUCAAGGAAUACCUGGCCAAUAAGAACGUGACCACAGAAAUUGACUUCGGCAUCGAAGUCCUCUCCUCGGGCUCGUGGCCCUUCCAGCUGAGCAACAACUUCCUGCUGCCCUCCGAGCUGGAGCGGUCAGUGCGCCAGUUCAACGAGUUCUACGCCGCCCGUCACUCUGGUCGCAAGCUCAACUGGCUCUACCAGAUGUGCAAGGGCGAACUGAUCAUGAACGUCAAUCGAAACAACACCUCCACUGUGUAUACCCUGCAGGCCAGCACUUUCCAGAUGUCGGUGCUGCUCCAGUUUAACGAUCAGCUAAGCUUCACAGUCCAGCAGCUCCUGGACAACACACAGACUCAGCUAGAGAACUUGAUUCAGGUAUUGCAAAUACUGCUCAAGGUAAAGGUGCUGACCUCCAAUGACAAUGAGAACUCGCUGACGCCAGAGUCGACCGUGGAGCUGUUCUUGGACUACAAGAACAAGAAGCGCCGCAUCAACAUCAACCAGCCGCUGAAGACUGAGCUUAAAGUGGAGCAGGAGACUGUACAUAAGCACAUAGAGGAGGACCGCAAGCUGCUCAUCCAGGCGGCCAUUGUGCGCAUCAUGAAGAUGCGAAAGCGACUCAACCACACCAACCUCAUCUCGGAGGUGCUCAACCAGCUGUCGACGCGCUUCAAGCCCAAGGUGCCCGUGAUUAAGAAGUGCAUCGACAUCCUGAUCGAGAAGGAGUAUUUGGAACGUAUGGAGGGACACAAAGACACAUAUAGUUAUCUCGCCUAAGUUUAUGUUAAUUGUACAAGUUCGCUGUUUCAUCUCUAUGCCAGCCAUUAAAAUAUCAUCUAUAUACUUAGAGACCGUGUAGUAAACCCCGCCUUUCCUACUUCCUAUCCCACCCCGCGAAAUAAACUGCCGCCGAAACAUUCAAACUGUUUGCGAGCUAUAAAACAUA